AUGACUCAAAACACUAACAAUUAUAAGAUAAUAGUUUUGGGAUCGUCAGGUGUGGGCAAAAGUGCACUAACUGUUCAAUUUGUUCAAGGUAUAUUUGUGUCAAACUACGACCCGACUAUUGAGGACACAUAUAAAAAGUGGUUAGAAGUUGACGGUCGCCGAUAUCUGUUGGACAUAUGGGACAGUGCGGGCAGCGAACAGUUACUGGGAAUGAGAGACCGAUACUAUAGCGAGGCUCACGGCUUUGUGUUGGUCUAUUCAAUAACAUCGGAGACCUCCUUUCAGGACGCCCAAAAUAUUUGCAAUGAAAUUAUUGACAUUAGAGACCGAGACGAUGUACCCAUUGUGCUGGUGGGCAACAAAUGUGAUCUCGACGAUGAGGAACGGGUGGUUAGCAAGUUUGCCGGCGCUCGUGUGGCCAACUAUGAGCUCAAAUGCCCGUUCACUGAGUCGUCGGCCAAGAAUAGGGUUAAUGUUGAGGAAAUUUUUGUAGAAAUUGUGCGACAAAUCAAUCGCCAGAAAGUCAUUACCGACGAUAAGGUUAGAUCAGGCUCUGGUAGGAAAUGGUAUCGCAGGUUAAGCAAGUGCUACAUAUUGUGA